CCCUAAUGGGUUGGCGUUGAGAGCGACCAAGCUUGGCGCCAAAUCGCCAAAUCAGCGCCACAUAGCCAAUGUGACCAAUCACGAAGCGUUGCUAUCAUGAGUUUUAGCCAAUCGCUGUGCCAGGAUUGGCAUGCCCGGUGCGCUGGCCAGACAAGAAACGACCACCACGCGACGAUAAACGACGACGACGACGCCCGAAGCAAGCGCCCGCGCACGACGACCACCGCAGCCGUCGGGCCCGCGCCGCUGCCAACGACGCUCCCAUCGGUCUGCGAGAUGCGCAGCUUUGGGUUGCAGGACAAGGCCGAGGCGGUGUCGACGGCGCGGGCGACGUGGGGCGCCGACAUGACCAAGUGGCGCGAGGCUGCGUUCGAGCACAUUGACACCAAGGAGAGCGCACAGCACAUUCGCGCCCAGCAGCGCGCGUACCGUCGGCAACUCUUGCAGCCGCACCGUCCCUAAGUUAUAUGCAUCUCGCUGGCAAAACCCA